GUCUCUAUUAUUGUCACGUCAUAAAAGUUGAUCGGCUACUUGGCACGCAGGUUUAAGCUCAAAGGCUGUAAAAAGAGGGUACACGUUGUUAAAAGUGUGACUUUGCAAACUGAAGUGACGAUGAAGUUCCGUGCAAAGAUAAAUGACGUGGGAUGUCUCAAUCAUUUCACACGUAGGUGUGGUGAAUACCAUUACAAAGCUCACAAAAGCUUGUGUUCUACGGCUUACUGUUAACAACGUUUACUUCGUCCUUUCUGGCAAAGUCGCCAAUGGAGGAGUCAGCAUGUGGUGUGAGCUACUACAGGUGAAUUUCUUUGAUGAAUAUCAGUUGGAGGGUGUUUCGGCAGAUUCAAACGAAAUCUGCUUAGAAGUAGCACCAGAGAACCUAUCAAGAGCUUUAAAAACUGCCCAAAAUGCCAAGUUUGUCAAAAUCAAACUGACCAAGAAGCACUGCCCCUGCCUUACGCUGGCUGCAGAACUGCCUUCACUGUCUUCAGUCAGUCGUGUUGUCACCCAUGACAUUCCUGUGGACGUCAUUCCUAGAAGGCUUUGGCAUGACUUUAAAGAACCUAGUAUGCCAGAUUUUGAUGUUAGCAUAUAUUUACCUCCUCUGAAGACCAUGAAGAGUGUCGUGGAUAGAAUGAAAAACCUCUCCAACUAUUUGGUAGUGGAGGCUAAUUUGAGUGGUGAAAUGAAUCUGAAGAUUGAAACAGAUCUGGUGUCUGUGACAACGCACUUCAAAAAUCUUGGCAACCCUCCUUGGGCUGAUGAUGCGUCACAGGGUGGGGGACAGAGCAGACCUGUGGAGGCUAUGGCACAUGCCCGCGUGGAUAUAAGGAAACUUCAGCAGUUCCUCAACGGACAGCAGGUCAACCCCAGCAAGGCCAUGUGCAAUAUUGUUGACCAAAGGAUUGUUCAUUUGAUUCUUCUCCAAGAAGAUGUGUCUCUUCAGUACUUCAUCCCAGCUGUGGCAUAGAGCUCCAUUCAUGAGGAGGAACAGAAAUAGGAAGGGAUUUUGUUUGUUUGAUUUCUUGUCUUAUUUGUUAAUAUUUUUGUUGUUUGUAGAUAAUUUCAUGUCUUCCUAUAAUCUUUUUUUGUUUGUCAGUGCUAAGGUUGCUGAUGACGGAUAGUAUCAAUUGAAUAUGAUGGAAGACAGGUAUUUGACAUGCACAGCAGCUUUAAGGGUAUUAUGAGUUUUUUGAUUCAUGGGUUUGAUUCAAAAGCUUAUAUAAAAAUAAGAAAAAUAUAUAUAGCAUUUAGACUUGUAAGUAAUUUCUGAGUGUUUGUAAUUAUAUUUAUACUGCAAUAAACUGAAGACGCAUA